GGUUCUUCACUGCAUUGUGUGUAGAUGAUGCUCUAACAGAUGACAAGCCUUUUCAGACACAGAUGGACACAGAGUUGGUGUAUGGGAAAACUUAAUUUAGGUAUGGAUCUGCUGCAGGGUGUUUGUUCGAUUGCCUCCUGUGUUGUGAGGACAAUGGUCUCUUGCUUCCUCGGUUCAGUGAGCAAUUAGUUACAUCCGUUGUGAUAAAAAGCCAGGCACGAUCAGGACUUUGCAUUUUACCAAAGAAGUCAACAACAAUGACAGACACGGGGUAGAGAGACAUUUUACAAGAUGUGCAAGGUGUUAUACAAACAUACAUUUUAAGAGAACAACAUUGCCUGCUUAUGCACUGGAGAUCUAGCUAAUGGAGAAAUAUUUUAAGCCUGUUUAUUGUCCUUCCGACCUAGACAAGAGCAAGCAACAUCACAGCCACGAACAUCAGGAGCCACGUGGAGACAGAUACAUCACUUGUGGUUACACUGCUACGAAUGACAGUUAUGGAAAGCGCUAUGAACAGCAUGGUCAUUAUUACCGAAACAGCAAUUGCCCUAAUGCCCACGCAGGUCCCCACUGUGAAGAUGAGUUUGUUUAUGACCAGUCCUGUGCUCAAGUAACUCUGUCCAGGGCAUCUUCUUCCUCUCUCUCAUCUUCUUCUUCAUCCUCCUCCACUUCCUGGUACACAGAGGCAAGUGUAAGUGACACUUUUACACGUCGUCAUGCAGAGCGACCACAACAUUCUCUCUCCUGUUCCAAUAUUCAUGAUGCUCGCAGAUUUUACCAGCUAGACAACUCCACUGAUCCCAUUGUCUUUGCCACCAUAAAACAUGGAAGCAAUGGUAGUAUGUGUAAUGAAGUGCACAGAGCUUCAGAAAAGGGAAAGCCAGUGUUUGCUCCUCUUGACCGUGGCCACAGUCAAAGUGAUGAUGGAUUUCUGCAAAAGGAUGAAAAAAAAAUAGCAAAGAGUAAUAUGAAUCGCAGCCUGGGAUUUAGUGAAGAAGACAUUAUGUUGGGAGUCUCCCAAGGCCCAAAGAGAACUAUAUCCUCCAGCCAACUUCCAAGCAAGGGCAUUUUAAAGAACAAAGAGCAGCCCCCAGACAUCCGUAAGGCUAAAUCAAUGGAGGUUCUGUCCCCAAGAGUUGCCAAGGAACAAAGUUUAUCAGGACAUAAAGCAAAAGGCCUUGACAUAGAGCAGGCAAAAGAAAUGUUUGUUCAAGAAAAACUAAAAUUUUCAGCCUUUUUGGAUGAGAUUACCAAACAGGUUAUUAGUCCAUCUGAUCUGAAAAUCUUGGGUUUGAAUGACAACCAAACUGUAAACCUGGUCACUGUGAAUGAGACACCUGAUGUCUCAAAGCCCCAGCUUCCACCUAAGAAACACAGAGACAGCUCUUUGGAGGUGAAUGAACAGAUAGAUCCAAGUAAACAUGUAAAAGGAGCUGCCACCAGCAGUCAGACAUACUCUGACUCUGGCCAAUCUGACAAACUUAGCUCUUACACUAACAUAAACCACACUGGCAGCCCUCCUCCCCAAAGCACUCAUCACAGAAGCAACCGUAAGAACAGAAGGCAGCCCUCCUCUGAAGCCCCAGGAUAUGGAAGAUCCACUUUUCUCCAAACUGAUGGAACCAGCACCAGUCCUGAGCUCUGUCAACCAAGACAUCGACACAAACCACAACCCACUCCCCAAAACCUGCUCUCUUAUGAACAGCACAGAAUCAGCUGCCUGCCCUCCUCCAGCCAUAGCUCAACCACAGGCCUGGGCUCUGAAUCCUCAUCCACCAAAUCAGACCAGACCAAAUCAUCCAGGACCAGAGACACUGGUUGCACAGCAACUAGCUCUGAACAAAGUGGCUAUUACCAUUCGCCACAUGCAACUCUUUCUGAACAACAAUGGAGCACACAAUGUGAAGCUGACCAUCUCCAGGCACUGCAGGAGGAGAAUGCAGACCUUCAGCAAAACCUGCUGCAGACUGUUGUAUGCAUAGAGAACCUAGAGACUGAGCUGCAGCACACCAGGGAUGAACUGGUCCAUGUUAAAGAGAAAUAUAAAAGUCUCCUUGAGUCUCACAGUGGGACACAACAAGCCAGUCACUUCCUCCAGGACCAUUUGCAGGCAGAGGCAGAGACUCUGAGCAAUGAAAGGCAGCACAUGUUUACCCGCGUGGCCCAGCUGACCUCAGAGCUAGAGGAGGCACACAAGACCAUAGUGGCCCUGGAGAACAUUAAUGUGCCACAUUUGAUAAAGGACUUAUUGGAGAAGCACUUCUUCUGCUCUGCUAGGACCAAUCAACAGUUAACACCAACAACCACUUCAUUCAGCCAUUUGGAUUCUUCUCCCAAAACAGUUGACCUGUCCCACUCCCCUAAACUAGACGGAGCCUCAUAUGAUUGGCUGUCUAAAUCAGCACUACGCCAGCGAUCCACUGCCUUCAGUCCGGUCACACAUGGGCUGACAACAACAGAAAACCAAAGCUGUAUUUCAGGAUCACCCCCGCCUUGCCUCUCACAGUUCUGUACAGCUGACAUCAGUGCUUUCUAUAACAAAAUGCCUGCUGGCCUAGCUACAGGAUCACAACCAGUCUGUGCACAACCAUUGCUGGGCAGAAGGACAGAUGACACACCAAUACCAAGUGUCCAACACGCCUGUGCGGGAGGUGACAACUGCACUGUGCAUGAAGGGGUGAAGGUGGUGCAAGCAGAGCCAGCAGUCGUGACGGCCAUGUCAGCACAGCAGAUUCUCAAUGAUUUUAUGCAGCAGCUGUGGGCCCAAAAGGAAGCGGCCAGAAAAACACAGCAGGGCGAGUAAUAAGCAGCAAAAGCAAAUAAUGACAGUGUGGAUACAAUUUCAGUGGUUCCCGACCUCUAAGUUUGUUGACUAACCCCUCUCUCACAUAGGUCUAUUGGUAAAAAGCCUUAGACCCUUAGAGUAAAAUUGUUAUGUUCUUACUCCUUAAUUUAAAGAAGUUUAGAGAAGUAACACAUUGUAUAGCAGUUAGACUUUCUUUUAAAAUCCGAAAUAUUUCUUAGUAGCGCUUUUAAUAAGUAAAAUACAUAUAUUUGUUUUGACAGUUCUGACUAAAUCCAUAAACUUGUUUAAGGAAGGCCUUUUUUACAUAAAUAGGCCUAAUGCUUAGCGGCCAAUACUGUGUAAAAUACUCAAAAAUAUUAUGUUACUUUGUUUACUUUCUUAACCUUGUAGGUAGUAUAACUGAAAUUACUUAUUUAAUCUUAUUAAUCUUAUGUAUUAACUUAUGUUCAGGGACUGCUGGUGGAAAUGAGCAAAUCUGCUGUACCCUGGCACAAACAUUUCUUCUUUUGUUUAGGUCAAUGUUUUUAUGUAACUGUCCCUGAUAAGUAAAUCAAUUCAAAUUAAUUCCAAAUCAUGUAACUGUUGCGGCCCUUUGUUAUCAACAUCUGUAAACAUGUACAGUAAAAAUGUGUAAUGAAACUCCUAAUAUUACUUUAUUUAGUUUAUGUUAUGUGAUGAAACAGUAU